AAUAAAAUCCAUUCGUAAGGACAAAAUUAAGGAUGAGCAAGAUAUGGUUCACAUCAGACGGGAGAUUGAGAUCAUGUCAUCCCUCAGCCACCCUCAUAUCAUCACCAUAUAUGAAGUGUUUGAAAAUAAAGAUAAAAUUGUGAUCAUCAUGGAGUAUGCAAGUAAAGGAGAGUUGUAUGAUUAUAUCAGUGAGAGGCGGCGAUUAAGCGAACGAGAGACAAGACACUUCUUUCGACAAAUAGUCUCUGCUGUACAUUACUGCCACAAGAACGGUGUUGUCCACAGGGACCUAAAAUUGGAAAACAUCCUUCUUGAUGACAAUUUUAAUAUUAAGAUCGCUGAUUUUGGACUCUCCAACCUUUAUCACAAAGAUAAGUUUCUGCAGACCUUUUGCGGAAGCCCACUGUAUGCUUCCCCUGAAAUAGUUAAUGGACGACCUUACAGAGGCCCAGAGGUUGACAGCUGGGCCCUUGGUGUAUUGCUUUACACUCUGGUUUAUGGAACGAUGCCCUUUGAUGGCUUCGAUCACAAAAAUCUCAUCAGGCAGAUCAGCAGUGGAGAAUAUCGUGAGCCAACACAGACCUCAGAUGCACGUGGUCUUAUCAGAUGGAUGCUAAUGGUGAACCCUGAACGCCGAGCAACCAUUGAAGACAUUGCCAACCACUGGUGGGUUAACUGGGGCUACAAGAGUAGUGUUUGUGACUGUGAUGCCAUGAGGGACUCCGAGUCCCCAUUGCUGGCAAGGUUCAUUGACUGGCAUCACCGUUCUACUGGCCUCCAACCAGAGACUGAUACCAAAAUGAAGUGCCUUUCUAAGCCCAAAGGUCCUGAAGUCACACUAGAGAGACAAAGGUCUCUGAAAAAAUCAAAAAAGGAAAAUGACAUUGCACAGUCCAUCCAGGAAGGAGGAGCUGAAAAUGCAUCCAAAUCCACCUCCAAGAGACCCAAAGGCAUCCUGAAGAAAAGGAGCAACAGUGAACAUCGAUCUCACAGUGCAGGUUUCAUUGAAGGAGUGGUCAGCCCAGUGUUACCCUCUGCUUUUAAGCUGGAGCAAGAGUUGUGUAGGACUGGCGUGGCCAUUAAAAGUGUUGUGGAGGGAGAGGUAGCGGGGAAAUAUGGCACUAAGCAGUCUUCACUAAUGCCAAAAAAAGGAAUCUUAAAGAAGACUCAGCAGAGGGAGUCAGGCUAUUACUCCUCUCCAGAACGAAGUGAAUCUUCUGAACUCUUGGACAAUAAUGAUGAGACAGUAAACAGUGACACUUCUCCGGGAGUCACAGAGCCAUCCAGAAAUGGGUCUUACAGCCAUUCCUGCAGGCGUAAGGGCAUCUUGAAACAUAACAGCAAGUAUUCUACCAGCAGCACUGAAUCUGCUUUGAUUAGCCCUGACACACCAACGCUGGAGGCCAUGGAAGAAGUGGUCCUGCCUGGGGAUGCAUUACCUCGAAGUUACAGCCGCCCUUCCAGCGUGAUUAGUGAUGACAGUAUUUUGUCCAGUGACUCCUUUGAUUUGCUGGAUUUGCAAGAGAACAGGCCAAACAGACAGAGGAUACGGAGCUGUGUCUCUGCUGAAAAUUUCCUCCAGAUCCAAGACUUCGAAGGACUUCAGAACCGCCCACGGCCACAGUAUCUAAAGCGUUAUCGCAACCGUCUGGGGGACAGUAGUUUUUCCCUUCUCACAGACAUGGAUGAUGUGACUCAGGUCUACAAGAAAGCCCUAGAGAUCUGCAACAAGCUCAACUAG